UUCCCUACACAAAUUCUGUAGUGUAUUGUAUCCGGUAGAUAGUUUAUUAAUAGUAGCCAUUAGCUCAUUCCAGUAUUAGUGAUUUAUCUUCAGUAGACUAGACAGCUGUCCUGCACUACUAACAAGGAGAAGUCACACUGGAAAAUCCUGAUGAACUUUCUCGGCCAUACCAGGAUCGCACAUGCAACCUCCAAGUAGCGAGCCAUUGUCAUACCCACUUAGCCACCAUGGCUCCACACCAACAUCAAAGGAUGACAUCUGUAUUUUAAAUAAAGAUCAACAGUUGAGUACCAUGUAAGACGGUAAUUAUACAUUGUGCAUUUUAUAAACCAAGACUUGCAGAUUUAGAUACUGUACAUAAAUAGCAAAACAGUGAGCAUUUGCUGAUUCAGAUACUGUACAUAAAUACCAAGACAGUGAGCAAUUGCUGAUUCAGAUAUUGUACAUGCUGAUUCAGAUACUGUACAUAAAUAUAGAAAAAGAAUGUGAGCACUUGGUGUUUCAGAUACUGUACAUAAAUACCAAGACAGUGGGCACUUGCAGAUUUAGAUACUGUACAUAAAUACCAAGACAGUGAGCAUUUGCUGAUUCUUCAGAUACUGUACAUAAAUACCAAGAUAGGGAAGUAAAAAAUAGAUGGACAGAUCUUCUCUUAAAUGAAUUUAUAAUGAGGUUGACCAUGAGAAACACCAGUUUAGUAAAGAUAUGCUGCUAUUUAAUACUCUUUGUUUUUGGUGUAGAAUUUAUUUUCAUUAAUGCAACUUUGAUUUGGAUUUUUGUUAAAAUCAAAAAUGAAAUCACAGUAUUCAGUGAGCUUCAAGAUUUCUCAAUGGAGAAAGUUUUGAAACACUUUGAUAUGGGGAAAGCAGUUCAUUAUGGAAAAAAUGGAGGUUUUGUAAAGAUGAUGCAAGAAACAAUCGAAAGAGUGUACAUGGUAACAUAUCCUCCGCAGACCAAAAGCAGUAAAGAACCGCAAAUCAGUUUCUUUGGAAUUGAUUUCUCCCAAAAUAGGGAGGCAUCUUUAUUAAUAAAGAGAAUAAAUUCGAGACGGAACUUUCCAUAUAAACGGUUGAUUGUAGAUAUCGGAGCUAAUGAUGGAUUAGUAUCAAGUAAUUCAUUUAAUUUUAUUCAAUGGGGAUGGAGUGCUGUUUUAGUGGAACCACAGAUCACAGAAAUUAAAAUGGCUAAAGUUAAUACAUUUAGAUACAUUGACCCAUAUAAUGACAAAAGUCAAAAUGUUAGUUUUGAAAGGGCAGUCGUGGGUUCAAAGAAUGGAAUAGAAACCUUUGUGAUUACAUCCAAAUCAUUUUUCACAGAGAGUCAUCUCUAUAAUCCAGACGAACGGCUUACCAAAGGUGACAUUACUGUAAAAGUUCAAAGUUAUACUGUUAGUGAGAUAGCCAAAAAGAAUAAUAUCCCAAAAUAUUUUGGAAUUUUAUCUAUAGAUGCUGAAGGGUCCAGUUAUAAGAUUUUAAAGCAGUGGUUACUACUUGGUUAUAGACCUGCAUAUAUUAUAUGUGAAACUAUCCAUGAAAUACCAUUGUCAACUUUUUUAAGAGAAUUGAAAGGUAAAACAUAUCGUAUAAUGUCCAAAGUUGGGUGGAAUGUAAUUUUUGAAUACCAAGAUGCUGUACAUGAUGAUGAGAAUUAAGUAAGAAAAUCAGAUGGUGGCAGUAGAUCAAAUUUUGAUUUGGAUAAGGUACGGUACCGGGUAUACUAAAUACCAUUCACUACCCUUGUUUGGGGUUUUUGGAAGUUAUAUUUUAAACAUACAUUAUGCAAGAGCUAAAUCUGUCUAUUGCAGCUCUUUCUUUAGGCCUGAAAUGUUAUCUAAAUAAUUAAUUAGACAUUAAUUAACCUAUCCAGACCAUAAUCAUGAAAAUACAUAAAGCUGCACUUCUUUGUUCCAGGAUAAUCUGGUUUAAUAAGAUGUUAAAAGUAAUGUUAUUGAAUAGAUGGGACAAAAUAUUAAUCUGUUGUAUACUGGGGUUAUAAUUUAGGAACAAAAAAAAUUGUAUUUCCUAAUGAUUAUAAGAUGUAAAAUAACAUUCCGCUUUAUACCAUUCCAUGGCCUGAUGCUGAUAUCAAGUGAGGCUCCAAACAACUCAUCCUCAAAUUCGAAUUCUUACUUAUCAAAGCACUUGAUAUCUGCAGUUGAAAUCUGUGUCUGUCAUUGGCUAGCUCACAAGAUUGCAAUCAUUAUAGAGACUGGUCACAACAUGGUCAAUUUUAAGAUAUUGUUAAAUGUUAAAUAUUGUAUUGUAUUGUAUUGUAUUGUAUUUAUGUACCUUCUUUGUACUGUGUUACUAUGACGCUAUGAUGUCAUAGUCAUUCUUGUAUGAACUAAAUGUUGUUUACCUGAAGAGCUUAAUAAAAUAAGCAAAAGUGCUAGUAAUCAAAAAAUAAUGUAUUUUAUAUUUUUGUGUAUUUAAGAGUAGUUAUCUUUGUUAUAUGUUUUGUGAUAAUUUGUGCCUGACAAUGUCUGUGACAUGUGCCUUAGGUCAAGGCUUGGUUUUAACUAUGUUUUACCUGGAGAUUUUUCAUAUUUAUUAAAUUUUCUAACUUAUUAAUUGCAAAAAGUUCAGAACCUGGCAGCCCGACUUAUUACCAGAAUCAAAUUUCAUAAUCAUAUCACCCCAGUUUUAAUCAACUUCACUGGUUACCCAUCAUUUUUUAUUCUGUCCACAUUUUCAUGUGAAUGUAUUAUGCUGUCCCCCCUCUUGAGGGCUCCAUUCAAAUAUGUUUCUGGUCACAAUUUUUAAGUGCCCACACUGAAAUGUGGUUAUAUAUUGUCACUGCCCCAGUCCGUCAGUUCGUCAUCCACAAUUGCUUGUGGACGCUCGACUAGAGACUAAAUUUGUUAUCCGAUUGACUUGAAAUUUAUAUUCAGUGUCUAUGGUCAUGGGACGAAGAAGCCUAUUGAUUUGCGAUAAUUACUGACAGAGUUAUGGUUCUUCACCACUUUGGCAAAUCAUGUGGAUGCUUUAUUGGCUAAAGUUAUUAUCUGAUUGUCUUUAAAUUUAUACACCGUGUCUAUGGUCAUAAUUUCCCAUAACUUGACCAGCUAAAUUCAUAAUAUUACAAGUUUUGUACACUAAACGUUAGCAUGGACCAGACAAUUUCUAAUGAUUUCUGAUAAUUACUUAAUGGAUUGCCAUCUUCAUUAGCCCAGUUGGAGCAGAACAGUAGGACGUUAAGUUUAACCACAUUUCAUUUCAUUUCUUAAUGGAUUGUUACUUCUAAUCAGUUUUACUUUUUAUUGUCUUGCAAUUCCUUUCAUUAUCGACAACAAAAUUUGACAACCCUUAUGGACUGCUCAGACAACUAUUAGCUGCUGUGGGUAUAUGUUUCGUUGUCUGCCAACUUUUGUUUACACUACUUUAUAUAGUUAUUUUCAUAUAUAACUAUAAUUUUAUAAUUGUUAUAGAUUAUUUAAAAGUAAGUUUUUUCUAAUGUUUAUUGUACAUUUGUGGAAAUGUGCGCUAUAAUAAUUUUUUUAAUAGUAUGAAUUUUAUAUAUUAUUUAUUGCAAUUUUACAAAUCAUUUUUUAAAGGACAUGUAGGGUAUUUUUAAUAAUAAAAAAAUAAUUUUAUUCUAGAAUGUUUUAAG